GUUUUGAACAGGAUGGUGACGUGUAUCCGGUCUGACACCCGACAUUACAACAACAAGGCAGGCUAGCCGAACGGGUAAGACGAGACGACGCUACCAGAAGACUUAACAGAAAGCCUAACAACGUUGACUUGAAGAAUUCUCACUGAUAUAGUUGGAAACCACCGACAGAUCUACAGAUGAAGCAGAUGUUGUAGAGGGGGAAACCACUCCCCUACCCACAACAGUGUCUGUUUUAGGUUUUGUGCAGAGGCCAGAAUGGAGAGAAUUUGAUUGUACUUUCUCCUCAGGUGAGUCCUGAGCUGUGACACUAAAGGUUUUUCAGAGCCCACUCUACUAGUAAUAUGAACCAUGGACUCUGGGACAGUUGAUACUCCUGUAACCCUGGUCAUUAAGGCCCCCAACCAGAAAUAUGAAGACCAUACGAUCAACUGCUUCCUCAACUGGACUGUGGAGAGGCUGAAGAGUCACAUCUCGAAGGUGUACCCCAGCAAGCCGCUGUCCAAAGACCAGCGGCUGGUGUACUCAGGGAGGCUCCUUCAAGAUCACUUGCAGCUCAGAGAUGUGCUCAGAAAGCAGGAUGAAUACCACAUGAUGCAUCUCGUUUGUAAUUCUCAUAGUCCUCCAGGCUCACCCAUGCCUCGGAGUCCCUCCAGCUCUUCUGCUUCUGACUCCAGCAGUUUGGAUGGUGCCGGUUCCACCUCACCUACCACAACACCAAAUCAGGACAGUCAGCUAGCCUCUGCCUCUUCAUCCUCUGUCCCAGGAAGUUAUGAUGGGCUGAGGUAUCGCGGUGAUUUCCCUCAGCAUAAUCCUCAAAGUGCCACUGGUGUCCCUCAGUGGCCAGAUGCAGCCCAGGUCCCUUUACAAGGUGGCCUCCCAGCCAACGUGCCACCCCACCCCAUGUACAUGCCCAUGCAGAUGCUGUGGUGGCAGCAGAUGUAUGCACGCCACUACUACAUGCAAUACCAAGCAGCAGUAGCUGCCUCUCAGCCUACCAGCACCUCCCCUCUUACUCCUCCCUCCUCCUCACCCCAUCAGCCCGCCCCACCCAACGAAGCUGUGCAGCCACCACUGGGGCCAAACCCGGCCCCCAACCCCUUACCAGAGAACCAGCCGGCCAACCCCAUCCAGAUGAAUGCGCAGGGUGGGGCGGUGUUAAACGAGGAUGACCUGAACCGUGAUUGGCUGGACUGGCUGUACACGCUGUCUCGUGCCGGCGUCCUGCUCAGCAUCGUCUACUUCUACUCGUCUUUUAGCCGCUUCAUUAUGUUGGCCGGAGCCAUGUUGCUCGUCUACCUGCACCAGGCUGGUUGGUUUCCCUUCAGGCCAGAGCAGCAGAACCUCAGAGGAGGAGAAAGGCCUGGGGUUCCUCGGGAGGAAGCAGAGCAACACCAGGAUAUACAGGAAAUGGAACGUCUGAUGGACGAAGGAGUGGAAGACGAUGACAGCGGUGAGGAAGGAGGUGGAGGAUCAGAGGCUCAGGCUGCAGCUCUCCUCCCUGAGCCAAGUUUUCUCACCACUGCAUGGUCCUUCAUCAGCACCUUCUUCACCUCACUCAUCCCAGAGGGACGACCCCACCAGGCCAACUAGGUAGACCACGUGCCUCUUAAAUAGCCUUCUUGCUCCUGCCAGCAGGUACCAUGCUACAGAUUCCCACCUUCAUCUUUACUGCCCCAAAUUCCCAAUUCACCCAAAAGCAUCUUCACAUACUGUACAUCCAUGCGGUCAAUACCCCCCAUUUUGCCCCCAGGCCUGACAGUCAGCAACAGAUGCCCUACCUGCUGCCAACAAAUGAAAUGUAAGAGCAGCGUGUCAGUACAGAGAGAACGAGAAGAUGUGAAUUUAGACAAGAAAUGUUGUCAUAACAGAAUAAUGUUUCAGCAAUGAAAGUUUUUGGUGAUGAUGGCGAGACGUGGAAGGAGUUGUCUUCCAUUUUGAGCAGCAGUGAUAAGGCCGUGCUUAUCAUACUUUUUAGACAAGUGACUUGACCCAAAAAAAAAACAAAGAGGAGCCUCCCUAAAGGAGAGGGAGAAGUACAUCCUCAACAAACCAUCCCUAAAGACAUUUUCACGUAUGCACUCAGUGUGCAUAGAGACAUUGCAGCUACUGAAGCACAUUGUUUUCCCACUUUGUGUAUUUGACAUUUACACAUUUAAGUAUAUGCAUCUUUAUUCCUGAAUAUAUGCUUUUUUUAAAAAUAAAAAUCGUACUGCAGUUUGA